AUGCUUCGCUCCACCAUUCAACGCAGUUUCUUCCAUACCAGUGCUUCUCGUUUUAUCAAAGCUGGUGACCGUAUUCCCAGUGUGGUCGUUCAACGUGGUUCUCCUGCCGAUACUGUCAAUGUCGGUGAACUCUUUGGCAAUGCGAAGAAGGCCAUUCUCUUUGGUGUGCCCGGUGCAUUUACGCCUGGAUGCUCAAAGACCCAUUUGCCCGGUUACAUUAACGAGGCUGAAACCUUAAAAUCCAAGCACGGUGUUGACCUUGUUGCCUGUGUAUCUGUGAAUGAUGCUUUUGUCAUGAGCGCUUGGGGUGAGGCUUCUCAAAGCAAGGACAAGGUGGAAUUGCUUGCCGAUAGCAAAGGUGAACUUGCCAAGGCCAUGGAACUUGAUUUCGAUGCUACUGGUGCCUUGGGUGGUCCUCGUUUCCAACGCUUUGCUGCCAUUGUCGAAAAUGGUACUGUCAAGGAAUUGUUCGUGGAGCCAACCAAGACGGGUCUCGAUGUUAGUCUUGUUGAAAAUGUAAAGAAGCACUUGUAA